AUGUUAGAAAAUGAUAUUAUUAAAUAUGGAUUAGCACAACUAAGUGAUGACGAAGAUGUGGACAUGAUGUUUGACUACGUUUCAACAAUCAGGCCAGUAGAUUCAAUUGUAUUAUACGUAGAUAUUUUAUCUCGUCAUUAUAGAAUAGAAGAUGGAGGAGUUGGUCCUUCAACUAGUUGUCCAAUCGUUAUGGAGGGUGAAGCACAAGGCACAAGAAACGAUGAUGAUACUGAUUUUCUUGAUGAUUUAGAUACAAAUGGAGAUGAUCAUUGGAUUGAUGAGGAAGACGACAUUCCAGGUGUUCAAUUCAAUGAUGGAGAUGAUCAUGAUAUAAAUUCUUCAAUGCGUUUUAAUAGCGGAUAUGAAAAUCCUAUUAGACCAUUGAUAUUUCCACCUCCGUAUUCUGAAAUCGACUCUGAUGAUAAGUCGAAAGAAUUCUCUGUACGAAUGAUAUUCAGAUCUCGAGAAGCUGUCAUCGCUGCUGCGAAAGAGUAUCAUAUGUUGCGACAUCACCAAUUUUAUUAUGAUGAAACUAAGAGUAAGACUUAUUCUAUCAAGUGUAAAGAUAAAUUAUCUAGUUGUCAAUGGCACCUUCGUGCAUCUCGCAAAGAAAAUACUGAUGUUUGGAAGAUAACAAGAUAUCACGGUCCGCACACAUGUAGAAAUACAGGUGUUAGUAAAGAUCAUGGUCACCUUGAUUCUAGAUUUAUCAGUGCAUUUAUCUUACCCAUGAUCGAACAACAGCCAAAUAUGAAAAUUGCCACUCUUCAGGCUGAGAUUAAAGAUAAGGUUGGAUAUGAACUGUCCUAUAAGAAAACAUGGAUGGGAAAACAAUUUGCAAUUGAAAAGAUUUUUGGUAGAUGA